AGUCAUUAGUCAAUGUGAUAUUAAAACAAUCAAACGUCAAAUCACUGGAAGCAAUCAACUAGUAAACAGUAAUUCUCUUCUGACCAAAGUGCGCGAUUUUUGUUGAAGUGGAUUCAUUGUGGAAAUAAUUAAUUACUUACGGCUUGAUUGGCAUAAUGUUAAUGAACCAUUUAUUCUACACUGUGCAUAUAUAUUUAGCUGUAUUGAAACUAUGGAUGAUUCAAGUAAAGGGAAACAAUGGAACUGGGACUAAUCACUGCGCCAAAUACAAUGAAAAUUGUAAUCCUCGUGAUCUACUACCAUGCUGUGACGAAAAUUUUAUCUGCAAACUAAAACAAUCGAGGAAUGAAUUCGUCUGUGGAGGACGAGUAAUCCUUGAAGAUUUUUGUGGAAAAGACGAAGAUUGUGGUAACAUAAAUCAUGCAAUAUGUUCAAAAAAUAAGAUUUGUGUCUGUAUAUCAAAUAACAUCCGGGUAAAUGAAACCUACUGUGCACCAGCAUUGAAAGCGUUUUGUUGGAAGAGCGAAAAAUGUGCAACUGAUCACGCUUCUUGCAUUAAUAAUAAAUGUCAAUGUAAUGAAGAUGCCAUGCAGCAAUCCAAUGAUCAGUGUUUACCAAAGCUAUUGGGUUCGUAUUGUGAAACUGCAUCUGAUUGUGAAAGAAUUAAAUUUGCGAAAUGUUCAAAUAUUAAUAUUUGUAUAUGCUCAUUCAAUACACUGGCUGUUAAUCGGAUAUCCUGUGUACCAGUUUUAAAUGAAUUCUGCCAGACAAAUGAUGACUGCAAAGUGGAUAAUUCUGAGUGCUUUGAUAACAAGUGUGAAUGCAAACCCAUGUUCAAAAAUAUUGCGAAUACUGAAUGUAAAAGACCACAUUUAGGUAUGAUUUGUCGAGAAUUCAUGGACUGUCAUAGCUUCCUAGAUCACUCAGAAUGUUCUGAGGAAAAUAAAUGUGCAUGUCAUCAUGGUUAUUAUGCAAUAAACAAUAAGACGUGUGCCCCAGCAUUCAACGUAGCAUGCCGUAAUGGAGAACUAUGUGCACCCAAAAACUCUAUUUGUGUCAACUACAAAUGUCAAUGUAAACCUAGUUACGUUUAUCGUGAAUCUAAAUGUGUGCCAAAAAUUUUGGAAAUGCCUUGUCGAACCGAGAGAGAUUGUCAGGAAAUUGAAUUUUCAACAUGUUCAGAUGAUAAAAUUUGUGUUUGUAAAUUGAAUUACGGGGGACCUGAUUUAUUAACUUGCUCACCACUUAUAGGGGGUAACUGUUCAAAAAAUGAUGAUUGUGUCGCUCAAAAUUCUUAUUGUUUUAUUAAUAAAUGCCGAUGCAUAGCCAAUCAUUUUGCUUAUUCAAAUGAUCUAUGUACACCACUGUUACUAAAUAAAAUAUGCCAGAUUUCUAAUGAUUGUGAACACAUUCCGAACUCGUUCUGUUCGUGGCAAAAAAAGUGUCGUUGUAAAGACAAUCAUAUUGCAAUAAAUGGCACAAAAUGUUUACAGCGUCUAGGUCAAGUUUGUACAAAGAAUGAAUCGUGUACCACGACGAAUUCCAUUUGUAUUAAUAAUGAAUGUCAAUGCAGACCAAAUUUCAUCAAACAUUUAAAUGCUGAAUGUACACCAGUACGAUUUGAUCAAUCGUGUAAUGGAAAUUCUGAUUGCCCACGCAUGGGACAAGAGUGUUCUAAUCAAAUAUGUGUUUGUAAAGAUAAUCAUAUUGCAUUGACGGGCACAAAAUGUGCACCAAUUUUAGAUGGUUAUUGUUCGAAAAAUAAAGAUUGCUACGUCAAAAAAUCAAUUUGUGUUGAAAAUAAAUGUCGAUGUGAUUUCAAUCACAAGCCGAAUUCAAAUUAUGAAUGUGAAGCCACUUCAUUGGGAAAAGUGUGUUUAACCGACACGGAUUGUCGAAACAUAAAAAAUUCAAAAUAUUCAGCAAGAAAUGUAUGUGCUUGUGAAUUAAAUUAUGUAGCGUUCGAUAAUUUGUUUUGUGUAUCGUCUUUAAAUGGAUUUUGUUCAGACGAUAGAGACUGUUAUUCCGAUACGUUUCGUUGUUUUGAUAAUCAAUGUCAAUGUAAAACUAAUUACACAGCAGUAUCUGUUGAUAGAUGUAUUGAAACUCAUUUGCUUCGUUCUUGUACUACUGUUUUGGAAUGCAGUGAUUCAUGGCAUUCAAUCUGUUUACCCGAAGGAAAAUGUGUUUGUGCGUUGAAUAAUAUAGCACUCAAACCAUCAACAUGCCUGCCAACUUUAAACGGGUAUUGUUGGAAAGAUGAUCAAUGCAUGGCUGAGAAUUCUGUUUGCAUUGAUUUCAGGUGUCAAUGCAAACCAAAUUUCAUCGCUGUCGCUAAUAAUCUAUGCGUGUCAAUUAACUGAAAUACAAUAUGAAUAAGAGCGGGCCUAAUAGAUUAUUUUCAGACCUUGCUUUUUUAGAGUAGGUGUUCGUACCAUUGACAAUAAGCAUCCAUUGUAAUACUUAUUAAAAAUAACAAUUUGAUUAGAUAGAUUAUUUUUAUAGAUGUUAGAAGUGGAAAUUUUAUCGCCUAAUAUACAUUUUAAAAUUUACUGACAUUUAAAAAUACUACUAAUGU